AUGUCGGACAAGACCUUCACCUGGAAUGUGCUGUCGGUGCUAAGCAUUUCAUUGGGUCUGUGUACCAAGGGGGCUUCAGAGAUGCAGCUGGCAUGCAGUUACCACAAGUUCAUCUAUACUCUGAAGCAGAGAAGGAGUACUGAGUACAGUAACUGGUCUAAGAUUUUACAUGAAAUGAAACCAUGGACGACUCUGCACCAGCUGUUUCUGACCCUCUUGGCCUUGCCCAGCUCUCUACAACGGACACAAGUGUUUGAUAAAGUGAGUAAAGGAAUUCAACAGGGAGACUAUAUCUGCAUUGUGACAAGUGAUGAAGAAAAUCCCAGCUUGGACUCGCCAGUCACAACAUCAUGCUCCGUAGAAUUUUCAGAAAAAUCAACUGGGGAGCUGGUCUGGGGGCAGAUUGAGGGUUUCUCUUCCUGGCCAGGCAUCAUUGUAUCCUAUGAAAGAGAGAGUUGGGAUUCAGAGAAGAAAAUGGUGGAAUGGUAUGGACAGAGAGUGUGUUCUCAGGUCGAUUUGCAGACUCUGAAACCAUAUGCUGAAUUUGGCCUGCACUUCUCUGCCAAGUCGUUCGCUACCCUCGUCACAUACCGAGACGCCAUCUUCUCAUCCCUGCAGGAGGCAGCACUUCGUUGUAAAAAGGAGUUUUCUACAUUGCCUGAAGAAGAUGAAGAGCUACUCCAGGAAAUGUUAGACUGGGCAUUUGGAGGCUUUCAGCCAUCUGGUCCAAGUGGACUCAAACCAAUAAAUGAUGUCUUUCAAGAAAACACCAGACCAAAGGUGAAGAAGAAACUCUUCAGGAAAGCCUCUGACCCCUCCAGCCUUGUGAAAAGCAAUGCAAACAUCUGCUCUGAGAUGAAGGAUGUGGUGGUCUCUCUGGACAGACUGUCAUGCAAGUCUAUAGAUGUGUCUUCCCACCACAAAACUCUUAUGGAAGACUGGAAUAAUUUUGUAGAACAAACCUCCAAAUCACUGAAAGAGGAAGGAUACCAUGAGAGAUUCAAUCAAGGAAAGAGAGAAAGUGGGGAGAGAAAAGUGGAGUUGGUUAGAGAAUGGGUGAACAUGAAAAGUGGGUGGGGAAGAAAAAGGGGUAAAGAAAGUUUCAAAGGAGGGAGGAGCACGAAGAAGACAUACAGUUGGAUCCAUGGAUCAGAUAACGACAUGUCACCAAACUUUGAGCCGUCCAAGAAGAGGAACUACACCAAAGUUAACAACAAAGUCAACAAUGCGAGCAUCGUGUACAUUCAGCCUGACCAGAAACUCAGAGAGACAACCAUCAACAGGAUCAUGGAACUAAAGCUGGACAUUGAAGCUUUUUGUUUGUGUUGUGGAACUGAAGACAUUGAGAUCUCCCACCCCCUUUUUAAAGGCAGCCUCUGCUUGAAGUGCAAAAAUAAUUUCACUGAAACACUGUAUCGCUAUGAUGAAGAUGGGUAUCAGUCCUACUGCACAAUCUGCUGCUAUGGAAUGGAGGUCAUACUGUGUGGAAAUGAUAGCUGCUGCAGGUCUUACUGUGAGGACUGUCUGAACAUCCUAGCUGGCCCAGGAACAUUUGGCUCUCUGAAACUCAUAGAUCCAUGGAUCUGUUUUUUGUGUCAGUCUCAUCAACCACACGGUGCUUUGGUUCCCAGGGAGGACUGGAGCAUUCGCGUUCAGGAGCUUUUUGCUAACAACAGCGGCAUAGAGUUUGAGCUUCAUCGUGUGUACCCAUCUAUCCCUGCCAGCCUGCGCAGACCAAUACGUGUUCUCUCGCUGUUUGAUGGCAUUGGAACAGGCUACUUGGUGCUGAAGGACCUUGGCUUCAAAGUAGAUAAAUAUUUUGCCUCUGAGGUUUGUGAGGAUUCCAUCACUGUGUCAACCAUCAACCACGACGGAAAGAUUGUCCAUGUUGGUGACGUUCGACUCAUCACCCAGGAACACAUCAGCGAUUGGGGUCCAUUUGAUUUGAUGAUUGGUGGCAGCCCCUGCAAUGACCUCUCCAUUGUAAAUCCUUUCAGGAAAGGCCUCUACGAGGGCACCGGCAGGCUCUUCUUUGAGUACUACCGCAUCCUGCAGCUGCUGAUGCCCAAAGAGGAGGAUACUCGGCCGUUCUUCUGGCUGUUUGAAAAUGUCGUGUUCAUGAACACACAUGACAAAGUCAACAUCUGUCGUUUUUUGGAGUGUAAUCCAGUACUGGUGGAUGCUGUCAAAGUGAGCCCUGCACAUAGAGCUCGAUACUUCUGGGGAAACAUACCUGGGAUGAGCAGGCCAAUUACAGCUUCCCAGACGGACAAGUUGAAUCUCCAGGACUGUUUAGAGCUCGGUAGAGAAGCCCGGGUAGCCAAAGUGCGAACAAUCACCACCAAUCCAAACUCUCUGAAGCAGGGGAAAGAUGGGCCUCAGCAGCCUGUCCUGCAGGAUGGAAGAGAGGACACACUUUGGAUCACUGAACUGGAGAAGAUCUUUGGUUUCCCCAAACAUUACACCGACGUGAGGAACAUGAACCGUCAGCAGAGGCAGAAGCUGCUGGGGAAGGCGUGGAGUGUGCCUGUCAUUCGUCACCUCUUUGCUCCGCUGAAGGAGUACUUUGCUUGUGAGGAGUUGCCUCCCAUGACUACACCCUGCCUGCCCACCUCCAGCUCCUCGUCUCCUGCCUCUCCAGACCUCAGAUAG